AUGCUUGCCAAACUGGUCAUCAGUUUACCAGCAAUGACUGGGAUUAAAUUAGAAAACUCAAAUGAAGCAUCAUUAUUUCAAUGUGAACUAAUAACAAACGAAAAAGUAAUUAUACAUCGAGGGACAAAGAAAAAAUGGUCGGAAUUUAAAAAAGAAUAUCCUGAUUGGGAUUGGGAUUUUGGUAAUUCAAUCUCAUUAGAAGAAUUAUUUAGAUUACGUAGCAAACAACUUUAUAUCUGGAGUCGAAUUGGGCAACGUUUAUGUCAAAAAUAUAAUAUGAAAUUUGUAAUGGAAAAUACUCCUGAAUGUGCUUAG